AGCGGAAGUAACGUAUGUGUAGCUGUGAGUUCAAGGAGACGAGGAGGGGGGACUUUUGAGGAUAUCAUACAUAACCCUGUCAGCGGAUUAGACUUUAGAAUUUAGCAAUGCCCCCACUUCCCGGUGCCGAACUGAUCCGCACUCCAGUCCAACUCUACCGCUACCUUCUGCGAUGCUGUCAAAUCUUGCCAUCAACAGCUAUGCAAAAGCACUACAGGCAUGCAGUAAGACAAAGCUUUAAUAGCCAUGCUGAUGAAGAAGAUAAAGAGCGGAUACAACUUAUCAUCCAAAGAGCCAUCGUAGAUGCUGACUGGAUUCUGGACAAGUAUACCAAAAAGUGACCACUGGUGUUCUUUGAAGAGAUGAAGAGAUGGACUAAGGUUUGCCUUGUGGUGAUCUGCACACGAGUUGGCGCAUACCAGCUGAAUGAGGGUGAUCUUUGUGUCACUGCAAAGCUAGAGUUAAAUACAAUAUGUAUAUAUUUUGAAAAUAUGUCAGCAUGGCCAUGGAACACUAUUGUAUUUAUUUGCGUGUAGUGUACAUUUUUAUCGCAAAUAGUAUGUACAGAUAUCAGUUGUCUUACUUUGCACCUUUGAAAUAAAGAAGGAUCAGAGAUACUGCAAAAGGAAAACAGUCAUGCCAUUGUGUUUGUGCGGUCUGUAAAAUAACUGGUUCCCCCCACACCCCCCUAUCUGAGCUGUACAGUCGCUCAGUGAUCAGGAAAGCCAACCUGAUCACAGCGGACCACUCUCACCCCCUCCAUCACUCCUUCCAGCUACUACCAUCAGGCAGGCGUUUCAAUGUACCACUGGCCCGGAAGAAUAUUUACAAGAAAUCCUUCAUCCCUUCUGCAAUAACCAUACUGAACAACACAAAAUGAUUACCACAGCUGAUACCUCAACACCCCAUGUCUUGUCCUUUUAUGUCUGUGUGAAUGUUUAUUUGUGAUUGGAGCCUUGUCAAAGAAAAUUUUCUGUUACCCUUGUG